AUGAAGCCUUCGAUGGCAGAUCCGCCCCGUCAGAGAAGGAUGCUGUGGAUUACCCUUCUAAGCACAAUUGCAGUAGCAUGGACUACCCCCAUUCCUUUGAUAGAGGACUCAGAGGAAAUUGAGGAACCCUGCUUUGAUCCUUGUUACUGUGAAGUCAAAGAAAGCCUUUUUCAUAUACACUGCGACAACAAGGGAUUUAUAAAUAUUAGCCAGAUAACAGAAUCAUGGUCAAGACCUUUCAAACUUUACCUGCAGAGAAACUCCAUGAGAAGAUUAUACACAAACAGUUUUCUCCACUUGAACAAUGCUGUUUCUAUUAACCUUGGCAACAACGCACUGCAAGACAUUCAGACGGGGGCCUUUAAUGGGCUCAAAAUUCUGAAGCGACUGUACCUGCAUGAGAAUAAACUAGACAUUUUCCGAAAUGAUACUUUCCUGGGAUUAGAGAGUCUGGAAUAUCUGCAGGCAGAUUACAAUGUUAUUAAGCGAAUCGAAAGUGGGGCAUUUCGAAACCUGAGUAAACUCCGGGUCCUGAUCUUAAAUGACAAUCUAAUUCCCAUGCUUCCCACUAAUUUGUUUAAGUCGGUGUCUCUGACUCACUUGGACUUGCGUGGGAAUAGGUUGAAAGUACUUUCCUAUCGAGGGAUGCUGGACCACAUCGGUAGGAGCUUGAUGGAGAUUCAGUUGGAAGAGAACCCUUGGAACUGUACUUGUGAAAUAGUUCAGCUGAAAAGCUGGCUGGAGCGCAUUCCGUAUACUGCCCUUGUGGGAGACAUUACGUGUGAGACCCCCUUUCAUUUUCACGGCAAGGACUUGAGGGAAAUCAAAAGAAAUAAACUCUGCCCCAUGUUGUCUGACUCAGAACUUGUCAGCGUUGGUGUUCCUCAGUUAUCCUCAAGCAAGGAAAAUGCUUGGCCUACUAAACCUUCUUCCAUGUUGUCCUCCUUCCAUUUCACUGCUUCCUCUGUUGAAUAUAAAACGUCCGUUAAGCAGCCCAAGCCAACAAAACAGCCCAGGGCUCCCAAACCACCACCUACACCCCGAGGCCUGUACCCUGCACCCAACCAGCCUCCGAUUGCUGCAUACCAGACGAGGCCACCUAUACCCAUCAUAUGUCCUACCGGCUGCUCUUGCAGUUUGCACAUCAAUGAUUUGGGUUUAACUGUCAACUGCAAGGAAAGAGGGUUCCACAACAUUUCUGAGCUCUUGCCCAGGCCCAUCAAUGCCAAGAAACUCUACCUGAGUGGGAAUUUGAUACAAAAAAUUUACCGUUCAGAUUUCUGGAAUUUUUCUUCCUUGGAUCUUCUGCAUCUUGGGAACAAUCGGAUCUCGUAUGUGCAGGAUGGGGCUUUUAUUAACUUGCCUAAUCUGAAAAGCCUGUACUUGAAUGGCAAUGACAUUGAGAAGUUGACCCCAGGCAUGUUCAGAGGCUUGCAGUGCUUGCAUUAUCUGUACUUUGAGUACAAUCAGAUCAGGGUGAUCCAGCCCGCCGCCUUCAGUCUCAUGCCUAACCUGAAGCUGCUCUUCCUCAAUGACAAUCUCCUGAGGACCCUGCCUACUGAUGCCUUUGCUGGCACAUCCCUGGCCAGACUCAACCUGCGGAACAACAAAUUCCUGUACCUGCCUGUGGCUGGUGUGUUGGAGCACCUUAAUGCCAUUGUCCAGAUAGACCUGAAGCUCAAUCCUUGGGAUUGCACGUGUGAUCUGGUGCCUCUCAAGCAGUGGAUCGAGACGAUCAGUUCUGUCAUUGUGGUGGGGGAUGUCCUUUGUGCCAGCCCAGAGAACCUUACUAAUAGAGAUGUCCGCUCUGUUGAGUUGGAGGUGUUGUGUCCAGAAAUGUUACAUGUUGCCACUGCCUCGCCAGCCCCACCACCAUCAGGUCACCCAAGUCCUACCAGUCCCUCACCCUAUGAGCUACCCCCUGCUGGAGGAGGGCCAGUACCACUCUCUGUGCUCAUCCUUAGUCUACUUGUGCUGUUCUUCUCUGCAGUCUUCAUUGCUGCAGGCUUGUUUGCCUUUGUCUUACGCCGACGGCGCAAGAAGCUCCCUUUCCGGAACCAACAGCGGCAGGAAGCCCUUGACUUAACGGGCAUCCAGAUGCAAUGUCAUCACCUCUUCGAGGAGGGAGGCGGUGGAGGAGGUGGUGGAAUGAGUGCAUCCCCAGAGAAGGCACCCCCUUUGGGUCAUGUUUAUGAUUACAUCCCCCAUCCGGUAACCCAGAUGUGCAACAAUCCCAUCUACAAGCCGCGUGAAGAAGAUGAAGUUAUAGCAGGAGAAUCUGGGCAACCUGGGGACAUACUUCUAGGAGGUGGCAAUGGAGGUAGUAGCUGUGUUGGGGAACACUUUGCUGACCCCACUAAGGAGAGUGGGAACAGUAGCUGCUAUAGGACCUUGCUGGAGAAGGAAAAGGAAUGGAAUCUGGCAGUGUCCAGCUCACAGCUCAACACCAUAGUGACAACCAACCAUCACCCACACCCUCAGCCAUCUGGAGGAGGAGUUGUUGGGGGGAUUCCUCUCUUGGGGGAGCUAGCCCUGGUGCCGCCUGUCUUCCACCAUGAGAAGAAUGGUGGGGUAGUACUCUUCCCUCCUAGUGGUGCCAUUCUAGACAACAGGGAGAGGCCCCCAUUGGUCCCUCCAUGCUCAGUGGGCUUUGUGGACUGCCUAUAUGGCACAGUGCCCAAAUUAAAGGAACUGCACGUGCACCCCCCUGGCAUGCAAUAUCCAGACCUACAACAGGACGCCAGGCUGAAAGAAACUCUUCUCUUCUCAGCUGGUAAGGGCUUCCCAGAACAUCAUCAACCCCCCCAAAGCGAAUACCUCGAGUUAAGGGCCAAACUCCAAACCAAGCCGGAUUACCUCGAAGUCCUGGAGAAGACCACUUAUAGGUUUUGA